AUGAAGCCAGACACGACUGGGGGCUGCAUUCUCAUCCUGACGCUGAUGGCCACGGUGCUCACCAGGACUUGGGCAGGUCCUGUCCCCAGGCUCCCCAGGAUCCUUCCGCAUGCACAGGACUGCCACCUGUCCCAGUUCAAGUCUCUGGCCCCACAAGAACUGCAGGCCUUUAAGAGAGCCAAGGAUGCCUUGGAAGUGAUGCUACUUAAGAAGGAUGUCAGGUGCCUCUCCCGCCUCUUCCCCAGGGCCUGGGAGCUGCAGCAGCUGCAGGUGUGGGAGCGCCCGAUGGCCUUGCAGGCUGAGCUGACUCUGACAAUGAACGUCCUGGGGAAUGUGACUGACCUGGCACCGGGGGACAUCCUGGACCAGCCGCUUCACACACUGCAUCACAUCCACUCCCAGCUCCAGAGCUGUGCCCUGGCUCAGCCCACAGCAGGCCCCAGGCCCCACAGCCGCCGCCUGUCCCACUGGCUGCACCGCCUCCAGGAGGCCGUGGAGAAGGAGUCCCCUGGCUGCCUCCAGGCCUCUGUCACCUUCAAUCUCUUCCGCCUCCUCACCCGGGACCUGAAGUGUGUCAGCAGAGGAGACCUGUGUGUGUGA